AUGCACAUGCAGCCACACGCUACACAAACUUCCACGCACCUUAAUAUUAUUGCAUUGCCUAUAUUAUUUCUCUCCUCUAACCUCGACCCAAUUUGCAAGAGAGAGAGAGAGAGAGAAAGUGGGAAGGGAAACAAAAAAGCUUUCAAAUUUUCCACGGAGGUUAGCCGGAAAGUUGUCAACAUGCUGGAAACUGAUCUCUGUCUCGGGCUACCCGGCGGCGGCGGUGGCGGCGGCGGCGGAGGAGGAGAGCCUGAGACUCCUAAAGCUAAUGGAAAAAGAGGGUUCUCUGAGACCGUUGAUCUGAAACUCAAUAUCCAAUCUGAGCCACUUGCUACCGUCGAUCUGACUCCACAGAAUAUGAAGAAUAAUAAUAAUACUUCAACUGAUGAGAAGAGUCUUACCUCCAAAGAUCCUGCUAAGCCACCUGCCAAGGCACAAGCCGUGGGAUGGCCACCGGUGCGAUCCUACCGAAAGAAUGUCAUGGCUCAAAAGAGCCCUGACGGUGGUUCGGCUAUGUUUGUGAAAGUUUGUAUGGAUGGUGCACCAUAUCUGCGAAAGGUGGACUUGAAGAUGUACAAAAGCUAUCAAGAGCUCUCGAAUGCGUUGGCCAAGAUGUUCAGCUCCUUUACUAUGGCAGGUGACUAUGGGGCCCAAGGGAUGAUAGACUUCAUCAACGAAAGUAAGUUGAUGGAUCUUCUAAACAGCUCUGAAUAUGUGCCGACCUAUGAAGAUAAGGAUGGUGAUUGGAUGCUCGUGGGAGAUGUUCCAUGGGAGAUGUUUGUUGAUUCAUGCAAGCGAUUAAGGAUAACAAAGGGGUCAGAAGCUAUUGGGCUCGCCCCAAGAGCGAUGGAGAAGUGCAAAAGCAGAAGCUGAAGAGGUGGUGGGUGGCGGCAUGAUUUGGUCGAUCCAUGAUGAAGCAACAAAGGAGGGGGCAACACAGAUGGAUCAUAUUUGAU